AUGUCCGCAAUCAAGGGAAUUGGCGAGAGCAAGCAGUACGACGGCGCAAAGAAGAAGCUCGCCGAAGCUGGGGUCCCUGGUACAACAACACGACCCGAAGUUGACCAGACCGAGGAGCUGACACGCGACNNAGACAGCAACAUUGAGAUCCAGACGGUGCCCGGCAGCUACGAACUCCCCUACGCAGUGCAACAGAUGUACGCAUGCUCGCAAGCUCAAGCAUCAUCGGCCAACUCGACAUUGCUGAGCUCUGCCACGGACCUCCUCUCGUCGUCGACAACCGAUCUUUCGCUCAAGGACAAGGAGGGCGGCGCCAGCGCAGCAGCAACCAAGCCCUUUGACGCCAUCAUCGCAAUCGGUGUCUUGAUCAAGGGCUCGACGAUGCACUUCGAGUACAUCUCUGACGCCGUCAGCCACGCGCUCAUGAAGCUCCAACUGGACAUUGGCAUUCCUGUCGUCUUCGGUCUUCUCACUCUGUUGACCGAAGAGCAAGGGCUUGAGCGUGCUGGCCUUGUGUCAGGCUCGAAAUACCACAACCACGGCGAGGACUGGGGUGCAGCAGCUGUCGAACUAGGCACCAAGAGAAGAGGCUGGCAGGAGGAGAAGACAUUCAUCCAGUAA